CGUCGCGUAUCAGUUGACAUCAACCCCCAAAAUGUCACUUUCCUGUAUCACAAUAGCCUAAUGGAUCAAAACAAAGGGCUUAACAUAGUCUUUACUACUUUUUUCUCAACUCCCGAUUUUAGAUUGCUUACCGUCUUUUUCAUCCCAAACCAUGACGAAGCAAUAAAACGCAUCAGGCGCGUGGCGACAAAUUUUUUUUAUUUUAAUCACGGGAGUUCUCAUUUAAUAAAAAACAAGAUUUUUUUUUUGUUUUGCCUUAUCUCUCUCUCCCACACUUCAAAUUAUAACUUUAAAAAUGUCUCUUACAUAUGCUGUUACGGGUGCCUCUCGUGGACUUGGUCUUGAAUUUGUCAACCAAAUAGCUGCCAAGGGUCAUACCGUCAUUGCUUUAGCACGUAACCCUAGUGCUUCCGAAGGACUUCAAAAGUUGGUCGAUAACAAAAAGGUCUUUUCCGUUCAACUUGAAACGACAGAUGAAAAAUCAAUCAAGAGUGCAGUAGAAGAGGCGAGUAAGAUCUCGCCUCAAGGAAUUGACGUUUUGAUCAACAAUGCUGGUAUAAGUGGAAGUCGUGAUGGAAACAUUAGAAAAACCGACAAGGAAGAUUAUAUCCAUGUUUUCACCACAAAUGUUGUUGCUGUAGCUGAUGUCACCACCGCCUUCUUACCUCUGCUUCGUCAACGCGGUAUAGAAUCUACCAAAAAGAUUGUGAACAUGUCCUCUGGUCUAGGAUCCAUCGCUCGAAUCAAUACAAUCAACCCUACAGGAAGAGGAUCUGCUUACUCUGUCUCAAAAGCCGCACUCAACAUGCUGACCAAAAUGACCGCGAACCAACUUGCGAGUGAAAACUUUAUUGUCUAUGCUUCUCAUCCUGGUUGGGUCAGGACCGAUUUGGGCGGUGAAGACGCCCCUUAUGAUAAGAAGGACUCCAUUGCGGGUAUGCUAAAGAUCAUUGAAAAUCUGACGCCCGAACAGAAUGGUUCCUUCAUUUUCUUUGAAGGGGAUGAACUUCCUUGGUAAAUUAAGGAACAUCCCUUUGAACACAAUAAUAAAAUGCCUAUUUUUUAACUUGGGAUCAA